AUGGUCUAUGGGUGGAAUUUCUGGGCAGCUCUGUCUGCCGUCUUCCUUGUAGCCCAUACAUUCCCGCACACCAAUAUUAAAAUAAGCCAAGCGUUGCCAGAGUCCAUCCUGUCUUAUUCCUGCCCCCUCUUCUGGACCGAAUAUGAAGGCUACUGUUACCGAUAUUUUCCCGUUAAUAAAACCUGGGCGGAGGCUGACUUGUACUGCGCGGAGUUCUCUAUCGGAAUAAAAUCGGCCAAAUUAGCAUCUAUCCACAGCUGGAAAGAGAAUGUGUUUGUCUAUGACCUGGUAAACAGCAGGGUGCCUGGGAUACCCACGGACAUCUGGAUGGGACUGAAUGAUCUCAGGCAGGAGAGCAACUUUGAAUGGACAGAUGGCUCUCCCUAUGACUACAACUACUGGGAUGGGAAUCAACCAGAUGACGGGAUCCACACUAUACCCGAGGAGGAAGACUGUGUCCAGAUCUGGUACAGAUACAGCAGUGCUUUAAGAUCUUGGAAUGACAACAGCUGCAACCGAGAAUUUCCAUUUGUGUGUAAGAUCCCCUCUUUGGCAGCUGACUAACCAGCAGUUCCUGCCCUGGAGAAAUGAAACAUCUGAGCUCAGAACGAUCAGCUGGAGCGAAACGAGUGUUUGUUUGUAUGUUGUGUUGUAUUGUUUGAUCCUUCUCCUAGGCAUCCUUUACCAAACGCUGCACUGACUCAUGUCUUCCCAACCGAGAAAUCUUUCUUGGAUCGGUGCUCAAAAUAUAUCAGAGCAGGAAAGGCUGACGUGUUAGACCACGGUAGCCCCGAAUCAGGAAGAAUCUGAGAGCACCUUUUCCGACUUAACCCUAGUUUAUUAAAAUGCACCAGCUUUUGUGAGUUUAUGUCUUUGGUGAGCUUAGAGUCUUAUUAAAAAAGCUUUUGUGAGCUCAUGCCUUUUCAUAAAGAGGGUUAAGAGGCAGAGAUGCGACUAGAUUACGGGUGAAAGAUAGCAGGAGCCAAAAUAUUUUUUUGCCUUCUGGGUCAAAAUGGGGAUGGGUGGAAGGAAACUGUAACUCCUCUGAUUGGAAAAAUAAUGUCCCUUUCCUUUUUUUUUUGUUUAUGUUCACAAGCUCAGCUUUAGACUGACACAAGAAUUACAUUAAAAGUUUGCCUUUCAAAAAUACCCUUCCAAAGUUGGCAUUGGCCAAUUUAGACUAGGCUAGACUAGAAUAGAAUAACAGAGUUGG